AGUGGACCUGCAGCAACCCUGCCCUUGGCCUCCCCUGCCUUCCACCUCCUGCUCAUCCGCGUUUGGCAGCUGUCACGAUGGUGACAGUGCGCAGGCCGCGGCCCGCUGUGGCCGCGGUGCUUCUGGCCCUGCUCGGCUGCCUGGGGGUGCUGGUCGACGCCUACCCCUCCAAACCCGAGGCUCCCGGCAAAGACGCCUCCCCCGAGGAGCUGAGCCGCUACUACGCCUCCCUGCGCCACUACCUCAACCUGGUCACCCGGCAGCGGUAUGGGAAACGCGACAGCCCGGAACCUCUCUCCAAACUGCUCUUCCCCGACGGCGAGGACCGUCCCGUCAGGUCGCGGUCCGAAGGCGCCUCCACGUGGUGACGACCCCAAGGCCCCCUGGGAUAUAUGCUAACUACACUGACCUCAUCUGCAUAUUUGCUUCUGAUCCCGGAACCCGGAUUCCUCUCCUGGCCCUCUGAGCCUGGGAACGGUUGGGGUGGGGCCCUCCACCCAUUGCUCUGUGCCCUCGCCCUCUGGGCUGGAGAUCUGUGUGUGGUCCUUCCCUGGUCUCAAAAUAAAGAGCAAAUUUCAUCGCUA